CUUUCGAAGGUAGGGUAUCUUAGUCAUUUCACCAAAAAACCCAAGAACGGUAAGCGAACACUGAGCACCAAAUUCAAAUUUCGAUCUGUAAAUUUAGGGUUUCGGAAACCUUCUACGUAGAAGAGCUGCAUUCACUCUCAGCUCUUCAGAUAAUCAAAAGAAGAAAUAUAAAAGAAAAGAAAAACUACCCAGUAAUUACAGGUGUUUUGUUGUGUGGUGGAAGCAGCUUCUUGAAAUGAGCAGUACAGUGCAUAGAACUCCCAAGUCUGGAACCGGGAGGCAAUCGUUGUUUUUUCAAGAUUUAGCAUCACCGAUUUCUGCACGUAGAGGGAAAUUUUCGAGUCCAGGUCAGGCUGCGGCAGUUUCAGCACUAUGGCGUGAGAAUUUUGGGGGUUCGGAUCUUCCACCCCCUCCCAUUUACACCUUGGAUGACCGCUCUGAUUUCUCUCCAGAGUCAGGGAUUCUUGACUACCCAACAUCGCCAGAAAUAAAGUCAGACUUGAGAACUCCUGCUCAAAGUUCUGGUCGGGACUUUUCAUCAAUUCCAGCUAAGGGGAAAUCAGAGACAAGCACUUCUUUUGCGGUCGGAGGUGGGCAGCAGAAUCAGCAGGGUUCACCGGGUUUGGGUUGGUGGUUGCCAACAAAGUCUAGUAGUAGCGAACAAGAGGAGAAGGCCAGGGGUUCUCCAGUUGAGGGUGUGGUGCAGCCUGGUGCUUUGAUCACACUUCCUCCACCAAGGGAAGUUGCUAGGCCGGAGAUGCAGAGGAAUAGCUUGCCUACUGGGAACCUUAACGAGGAAGAAUGGGUUACUGUUUAUGGAUUUUCCCCAGCAGAUACCAAUUUGGUUUUGCGGGAGUUUGAAAAGUGUGGUGUGAUCUUGAAACAUGUUCCAGGUCCAAGAGAAGCUAACUGGAUGCAUAUUCUCUAUCAGAAUCGUUCUGAUGCGCAGAAGGCUCUCAACAAGAAUGGGAUGCAAAUCAAUGGAGUAUUAAUUGUUGGUGUCAAACCAUUGGAUGCCAUGCAACGCCAGGCUUUAAAUGAAAGGCUUAACAAUCAAGGGUUUAUGACUUUGCCACCUCCAUCAAGCAGAACUUCAGAGCUGAACGCUGCAAGAUCCUCUCCUCGCCCCUAUUAUCUCCAAAAUGGAAGUACAAAUACUCGACAGUCAGGAGGUGCCAUUGCUUCCCCAUCAAAGUCAGUGGUAUCUAAAGUCAUGGAUUUGAUGUUUGGCCUUUAAGUUUGCUAUUGCAGUCACCUUGGAGAUUCAUCAUAUCUUAUCAUGAUCAAAUUGUCAAAUAUUCCUUCGGCAAUUCAAAUAUAUAAUUGAGUUUCAGUAAAUCUUCUUUUGAGCUUGAUGCUUGAAUCAAUAUUUUUCCUUUGUGGGGGAAGUGCCACAAUUCUUCUUGUCAUAAACAUUAUCUUGAGGUUGAGAGAAAUGAUAGAAUGUGCCCGCAUUGUUUCUACAAGAGCAUACAUGAUCUGUUUAUCAUUUAAUAGCAAAUAUCCUUUUCUUUGCUCUUAGAUUGUUUUAUUCGUAUCCAACAUUACUACGUACAAAUAUCUGAUUGAAAUUUAA